ACUAAAGCUCGAGGGCAAAAAGGUCGUUUAAAUAGGCAGCAGCAGCUUCUCAAUAGCUGAACCAAAACCAAACAGUCGUUGCUUUUGAGUUUUGAACAACCUAAGCAGGACGACAGCGAAGUGACUUCACUGCAAAAUGUUGUUCUUUUCGUAUUUUAAGGAUUUGGUAGGAAGAGAAGUGACCGUUGAGUUGAAGAACGAUCUGGCAAUACGAGGAACAUUGCAUUCAGUGGACCAGUAUUUGAACAUCAAGCUUGAGAAUACUAGGGUUGUUGAUCAGGACAAGUACCCCCACAUGCUUUCAGUCCGAAACUGUUUUAUUCGAGGAUCUGUUGUAAGGUAUGUCCAGCUACCACCUGACGGAGUGGACGUUGACCUGCUACAUGAUGCCACGAGAAGAGAAGCACGUGGCGGCUAGGAUCAAACCACAGUGCAUGUAUCUUUGCAAUUGCUGGCGGCCAAGAUUCAACCAUAGUGCAUCUAUCUUAGCAUUGCUUUGUCUAAACAAAUUACUUUGUCUUAAAAAAUGUCAGGCACCUGUUCAGAGUGCAUUUUCUUAACUC